AUGCCAUCGCAGCUUAUCGAUGUCCUGGAUACUAUCUCAAAUAGCCUUCGUGGCUCCUCGGGGGCUGCUGGUGACUAUGGAACGCUGGAAGCUGCGGUGCAGGAGAAAGAGUGCGACUUCUUCGGCAGCAUAUGGCCCAAGAUCGUGCGUCUUGCUUUGAUGACGCCGAGGCUUUACCCCGAACAUUGCCUACCGAUACUGAAGCCCGGGAUGGCUUUAGGGCUCUCACGGGAUCAGGCGGGGUGCCUAGUAUCACACCAAUUUCUCUGCACCUUGCGGCCCCCGCCUUGGCGCAAUGACUUCGUCGACUUCGGAAUCUGGUACGGCUCGUCGCAGCGACAUCCCAAGGCUGUGGAAAUGUACUUGAAUGCAAUUUUCGGGUUCUUCAAGCAAGUUGGCGACCCUGGCAAUCAUGCCGCCGAGGAGGUUGGAUACGCUCUUCACUCAUAUGACCAGCUGGCACGGCCGAUGUCCAGGACCUGGCAGGAUUGCGCGCUCUCCACUGCAGUGGUUGUCAGAGUAAAUGCAUAUAGCACUGAACAGCAGGAAUUGCAGUGUCAAGGCAUAGAGAGCGCUGUUGUGGUGUCGGCAAACAAGGACAUCGGCUUUGGACAGUCUGCGACGCAAGAAGAGUUGUACAUGGGGAACUGCCCGGAGGCAUGCCCAGCUGUGCUUGUGACUCCCACCUUGGCAGACGACCAGGUUCUAGUCAUACAAGGCGCGACGCCGAUGUUGAGGAUCUCCGGUCAGAGGCGUGAUGUUUCGUGGUCUCCGCUUGAGGAGUCGACGGUCACCCGCGGCGGCAGAAUGCUGUUCAUGGAUGCACUGGAGAUUGAUGAGGGAGACAACCAAGAAGGCCUGGCUGAUUUGCUUUCCUCGAACAUCGAUCGUGAGAUCAAAAAGGCUUACACCGCCUUUUCUUCGUGGGCGGUGGGUGCUCCCGCGACCGUUUGGACCGGCCUGUGGGGAUGCGGUGCGUUCAAUGGUGACCCUGGCGUCAAGAUGACCCUGCUGUGGAUUGCGGCGUCUUUGGCCGGAAAGGAGCUUCGCAUCAUUUGUGAUUCAUCAAAUGAUAAAUUUGCCUCAGAGUUCGAAGCGUUUAUUGCGCAGGUUCUCGCAGAAAGACCUGCUGCGACAGCCAGUGGGCUGAUUGAGAAGUUGCAAAGGGUACCGCACACCACGGAGCGACUGGCAUCGAUGCGCUGGCUGCUGGAUAGCUGA